AGAGAGAGAGCGGAAAAAAAUUAUUGGGCGAAAAGGGAAAGAAACAGAAAUCGAGAAAAAUCGGAGACAUGGGGAAUACUAUCGGAGGAAGGAAGAGAGUAAAAAUAAUGAAAGUGGACGGAGAAAUUCUGAAAUUGAAGUUGCCGAUUCGAGUUUCGGAGGUUUUGAAGGAUUAUCCCGAUCAUGUUCUUAUGGAAUCUGAGGCCGUUAAGCAUUACGGAGUUAAGGCCAAGCCAUUGGAGCCGCAGCAGGAUUUGAACAAGAAGAAGAUUUAUUUUCUUUUACAGUUACCGAAAAUCACGGCCGAAAAUCGUCCGCGGCCGGACCGGAUCCCGAGAAGAGUCCGUUCCUCUGGCGUACAUAUGUCCGCCAAGGACCGUCUCGACCUUCUCAUGCUCUCGCGCCGGACUAUGUCGGAAAUUGCAAUUACUAGGCCGUCUUCAGCGGCGGCAGAUUCCUCUGCUCAACCGCGGUUUAAUAGCGGCCCGAUGCAGGUCAAGAUGAAGAUUCCGAGAUCGCAGGUGGCGAAAUUGAUGGAGGAGAGUCGGAAUGAAGGAGAAAUCGCCGAGAAGAUUAUUAAUAUGUAUUUGAAGAACGAGGUCAAUACUGGCGGCGGUGGUGCCGGUGCCGGUGACGGUGACGGUAACGUUGAUGCCGGCCGGCAACCUGAGCAGUGGAAACCGAGCCUUGUUAGUAGCGUCAGGGAAAAUUCAAAGGUUCAUCGCGAGAAGCGAGUGAGUUUCUUACCAAUGGAUAAAGGAGAAAGUCAUUUAGCUGUAGCAGACAAUCAACUGCAGACAGAAGUUUUGAAUUGAGAAAGGAGGAAGAAGAAGAAGAAGAAAAGAAGAAGAAGAAGAAGAAGCAUCCAUCUCUUUUUCCAUGGUUUAAUUUCCUAGCUUUCAAAAAUUAUAAAUUCUUCCAUAUAGUAUGUGGAAGUUGUUAAUUAGAUCAUAACUUUCAUACAAAAAGUAGAGAUCAUGAGAGAUCCAAAACCUAAGUCAAAUGCUAUGGGAGAGAUGUUUUGCAAAAGAAAGAUAGGUUUUGAGUGAGAAUUGAGUGAUUUAGAAUAGGGAUGUUAAUUACAAUAUACAUUUGUACAUAUUAAUGAAUAUAUUUUGUAUGUUUGAUCAGAAGGAAGGAUAUGUCAAGUUUCACGUGGGAA